AUGUAUUUGCUUAUUGUUCAUAUACCGUCUGCCAUAUAUGUUUGGAUUGGUAAGAAUUGUGAGGCCAUCAUGGAAAGGGAUGCAAGAGGGGCUGUUUGUCAGAUUGUUCGGUAUGAGAGAGUGCAAGGUCCAAUAACUAUAAUCAAGGAAGGGGAAGAACCAGCUUACUCUUGGGAUGCUUUCUCAAACAUUUUUCCAUUGAUGGAUAAGUCUGGAAAUGGAGGGGAGGUUGGGGAAUCAACAGUUAAGAUUCAUCCAGGUGAAAGGAAAACAGACGGAUAUAAUGUUGAUUUUGAAAUUUUCCAGAAAGCUAUUAGGGGUAGUUUUGUACCUCCAUUUGCAUCCUCCGAGAAUGAACACGAAACCCAUCUUCCUGCUAGAGAGAGUAGCUGGAGUAUGCUCAGGCCUAAAAAUAAUUCAUCAGCGUCCUCUUCAUCUUCAUCGUCCUCCUCUUCUUCACCUCUAUAUCUAUCACCAGAUUCCAUAUCUUCUGAAUCAAGCACUAGUUCGAAGUACUUUUCAGAAUCCUCUAUGGAUCUCCAUCAGCAGCUUCAUGCUCUCUUCCAGUCUCUUCAACAUUGUCAAAUGAUUCUGACAUGUCUCUCCUCUCAUCUAAAUCUUCUGAUCAAACCCAUGUCUAAUAGUCCAGAAAACGUUGUUUCCAAUUGUAGUUCACAGUCCUAUUCUCGAUCAACCUCAUUACCAUCCAAAAAGUUAUCUCCUCUUGCAGAGCGCAGAGGUAGUUUGUCUCUCAAGUUGCCUGUGAUGAGUGAUAAGAUGAGGUUGAUGAGUACUUCCUCAAAAUUUCUUUCCACUAAAGAAGAUGGUGUUAGGAUAAAUGACAGUACUUGUUCUGUAGGUCACAUAGAUGAUAUUGACAAGGGCUCGGUUAAUGGAGCUUGUUGUAAAUUUAGUCUGUUUGCUGUAAGGUCUGUCCUUAAUAUCCCCUCAAUGGCUACCACCAACAGCGCUAGCGUGAGUUUGAAGCUUCUGAUUGACACAAAAAGCUACAAAGUUCUGUUUGCUGAAGCAAGCAAGGAAGUUGUUGAUUUCCGUUUCAGUUUUCUGUCUUUGCAUGUUGCAACUGUUACUAGGCUCCUCUCAACUGAUGGUAUGGUUGGUUGCUUAGGCAACCUUUACCAGAGUGCCGAAAGUCUUAGUGUCAACUCAUACUUGCCACUCAAUCUUAAGGACACCCUGCUCAAACCCAAAACAACAAUUUCUGCGGCCAAUAUCUUUCAAUUGCCAUUGCCGACCAACAAUGACUAG